AAAUCAGUUGCUACGGGUUGCAGUAGCAGAACCAGCGACUGCUACAGAGGGAUGGAGUACUUUGAGGAUGUGGAGGAGGCUCCGCCCUCCAAUGAAGAGCUCAUACCCUGUAAGAUCUGUGGAAGGAGCUUCUUUAAUAAAGUCCUGAAGAAACACACUCCCAUCUGUCAGAAAGCAGCAGCUAAGAAGAGGAAGGUGUUUGACUCUGGCAGGCAGAGAGCUGAGGGAACAGAGAUCUCCACUAUUAAACCAAUCAAACCAAAGUCAAACAGUUCUACCACCUCUGCUAGGGCUGUCAAACCGGAGCCCCCUAAGAAGCAGUCUAACUGGCGUAAGAAACAUGAGGACUUCAUUGCCACCAUCAGAGCUGCCAAGGGCAUCACUCAGAUCAUGAAGGAGGGCGGGCCCUUGCCCCCUCCUCCACCCCCCAGCUACGACCCAGAUUAUAUCCAGUGUCCGUACUGUGAGCGCAGGUUCAGUGAGAACGCAGCAGACCGUCACCUGAAGUUCUGUAAGGAGCAACAUGCUCGCAUGCAGAACAAGGGUAAAGCCCCGGGGGCCAAACCAGCCGGGGCUGUGGAAGCCAGGACAACCCCGGCACGUGUCCCGUUCAAGCCUCCUGCUCCUGUGAAGAAGGGAACCUCUCCUGCUGUGUCCUCCUCCUCCUCCCGUUUGCCCCAGAGAUCUGGCCUGGCCCAGCCCUCAGGGAUCCCAGCCUGUAAAGUUCCCUCUGCCGGAUCAGUGAGGAGCGCACCGUCUGGUUACUCUCCCAACCGCACCGUUGCUGCCUCUGGUCUCACCAGUCCACCUUCAGGUGUUGGAGUAAAGCCCCGACCAGGAGCUUCCUAUGGCUCAGUGAAAAACUCUCAGUCAGCAGGAAGACUCAACAACAGAAAAGCCUCCAAUGCAGAGAACUACAACUCCAGGAAUGAUGGCAAAUGCGAGAACGAUAAUGGCGGAAUGAUGACUAAGUUCUGCCACGAGUGUGGAACCAAGUACCCGGUAGAUUGGGCCAAGUUCUGCUGCGAGUGUGGGGUCCGCAGGAUGUGUUUUUAGUAGCCGAGGCCCGGAAAAGACAGGGAGUUGGGUGGAGGCAGUUCCUAUGAAAGUGGUCAGGAGAGGGAAGAGAGCCACGAUGGAGUGAGGACGUUACCGUGCUAAAAUAUAACUAUUUUUCUCCUAACAUUGUAAAGUUAUUCUGACAUGAGCUGUUGUGAUGCUUUAUGACGGCGUUAUGUGGACUUUUUGGUGUUUAGCUCAAGUACAGAAUUAUCCAAAAGUUCCUUUGUAACCGUGAGUUGUUCUUUUCCCUCACCAAUUUCUGUGAGACGGUUCACCAGCCCUCUCCAAUAAAUAAACUCUAGAUAGAAAGCCACAUUCUAAUACCAUUCACUCCUUCCCCUUUCUGUCCUGAUUUAACAUAUUCACUGCGUGUUACCAGUGAAGUGCAAUGUGACUGACUACUGAUUCUUUCCCUACAAAGACAAAGGGAUGGCAAGAUUUGGUGAAGACCGCACCUUGUUUUCACUGGGACCAGUGUAAGCAGUUGCGGUGAAACGGUGGGGUCACAAUUCAGGGUUUUAAAUCCAUUUUAAAAUCAGCAGUUCCACAACACAAUUCUACAAGUCCAAUAGGCUUUGAAAACAACCGAUGAUCACCCUACUGGGGGAACAUACUUUAUACAAGACAAUGGGUUGACCCCCCGCUCAUAUCUUAUCAGAUUUUUUUGUUUUUGCCAAGCUAUCAACUUCUUUGUUUUUUGCCGUGUAGUUUAGGAAAAGCUGUUUUCUGUGCCUGCCUUCGUCUGUUUUGUUUGGUGUUCAUUUUGAAUCAGUAUUGGUGGCGGUACGUGCACCGACCCAUUCUCACCGGACAACACCAACCUUCUGUAACCAUGGUCCCGGGGAUGCCAGUGGAGCCAGGAAGACACCAGCCUGGUGAUAAUCACAAUCAAAGCAACAAACCCGGAAUUUUGCUUUAAGGAAAUGGUCGAUGCCGUCCGGAGUGACGCUGGAUCCUACGCACAGUGUUUUUUUUUUUUUAGAGGACACACAGGUGCCGACGGGUUGGUUGCCCCAGUCAAAUAUUAACACACCCGAUUGUACUUAGUUUAUGGUGAUACAUGGGGGGGGGGGUUUGGGCUGCGUACGUGGAUGCCUUUCCAGGCUGGGAAUGAAGAACACAUUCACUACAAUCACUUGUGACCAGAGAUGUCACUAUCAACUCAUCUUAAGAGUGAACAGUCAUUUAUCCCCAGCAGGGACACCUUUCAUCACUGUCGUAAAUGUUAUUGUCUUUGGUGUAUCAAGCUUGGUUGAAACAUUUUAUCUUGUCAUUUUAAUAAACUCGAAAGGACUGUAAA